UGCUGAAGGACAUGGCCGUCCCAUCAAAAUCACUUACAGGACAAAGUGCUGCGGAUGAGCUGAGUAACCUGCAGCUGGAUCAACUGGAAUUUGAGGAUGUUUCCAGCCUGUUUGCAGGUGUACCACACUCCACACCCAGAAAAACCUGUACUGUACCUACUGCAGAGUUCAAAGCCCCACUACCUUUGCAGCUCAAAAGUCCUGCUCAGACAGCUACAGGGACAAAGGCAUUGAUUGCCUUGGCACCCAGUUGGACACGUCAAUUGGACACUGCUUCAUCGUCCAUAAUGAUGCCUACCUGCAGGCAAAAAAAAAGUCUUAUCUUUGAUGAAACACAACAAAUUGAUUAUUCUGAAAUGGAUAUCAGUUCAGCAACAUCAGCCUUGGAUAUCAGCAUGGCCUCAGAACCUGCCUCUGAACCAGCCGUGGAUCCUGCUGACUCCAGUUUUGUCCCUGACACAAGCCCCUCCACCUCUACCACAGGAAGCACUGAAAGCAUUCCUGGACAACAUAGAGGAUGGAAAGAGAGAAAGUGGCUGGUAAAUGAGUCUAAACUCAUGGAACUCUUUAAAAAAUGCACUGUUUGUGGAUCUGAAAUGUGUGAUUUGAACCAAAUUGUGAAAAAAUCUGGCACAAGGAUCAGAGUAAUAUGGAAAUGUAACAGUGGACACACCGGAGAUUGGGAAUCAUGCCCAAGUGUUCGUGGAAUGGCGGAGAACAACCUGCUAUCAGCAGCAGCAACACUCUUCACCGGUGCUACCUACACAGACAUUGCUGAGUGGGCAGAGCUUUUGAACAUUCAGCUGCCCCAUAAAUCUACCUACUACAGUAUACAGUCCAGCUACCUGAUUCCAGUUAUUGCUGAAAAAUACAAGAAGCAGGAGGACACUAUAAGAGCAAGACUCAUCUGCCAGACCCUGGAUGGUGAGGGAGUACAGAUCUGUGGAGAUGGGAGAAGUGAUAGCCCAGGCCAUUCCUGCAAAUACACAACGUAUUCCUUCAUGGAUGACUCCACCAAUCAAAUUGUAACAUUUGACUUGAUUCAGGUGACCCAGGCCAAAAGUUCUGUUGCCAUGGAGCCAAUCGGUUUCAAGAAAGGAUUAGAAAAGCUCCUAGAUGAAGGAAUCAAUGUAAAAGUUGUCACAACUGACCGACAUCCCUCUAUCAGGAAAAUAAUGAGGGAGGAUUUUCCAAAUAUAGAACACCAAUUUGAUCCAUGGCAUACUGGAAAAGGAAUUAAAAGAAAAUUGGUUUUGGCAUCCAAUCGCAAGAACUGUAUGGCCCUUGCUCCUUGGAUAAAGAGUGUGAUCAAUCACAUGUGGUGGAGCUGUAGCUCAUCUAAAGGAGAUUCAAAGGAAUUGUUGAGACGAUGGAAGUCAAUUCUCCAUCAUAUCUGCGGGGUCCAUCGCUGGGAAGAAGAUGGCAAGGAACAUACAUGCUACCACACUGAACUGCCAGCGAACGAGCAAAGGAGGAAGAAAUGGUUGGCCGAAGACUCCCCUGCCUACAAUGCCCUUUAUGAAGUGGUGAUGAAUGCACGCCUCCUGAAAGACCUGGAACAAAUGGCACUGUUCAAACACACCGGACAACUUGAAGUCUACCAUAAUGUUCUUCUAAAAUACUGUCCCAAAAGAUUGCACUUUGAAUAUGCAUCAAUGCAAGCACGAACAAUGUUGGCAGUCAUGGACCAUAACGAGAACCACGAAACACAACGUGAACAAGCAAAAACAGCGUCUGGACUCCAAAGACACAAUGUGAUAUUCCAAAAACAAUCCAAACAAUGGAUUGCCCGACCAGUCUACCAGGAAACUACACAGACUUUCAGGAAUGAAUUGAUGGACGCAGUCAUUCAGAGAAGGCUGGAUCCAACGGUGAAAUACCAAGACCCCUUAUCGCAUGUCAAAGUUCCACGUUUGGCUGCUAACAUCGCCACAGUUUCAAAACCCAGGAAGGAGGAUGUCAUUGCCGGACACACAUCAAGAUUCACAGGUUCAGACUCAUAAUGGUAUCUGAGAUGGUUAUAAAUAAAUAAAGGGACACCCACCCCACCCACCUAUCAUUCUUUAGUCCUGCUUUUCACUAUGUCACCACUGCCACCCAAAGUGCCUUUUUGUUAUUCUUGUAUAUAGUUUUUGGUUAUUGUGGUACAGCAAUUGUAAAAUAAAUAAGAAUAUUUCUCAUUA